UAUUGAACAUCUGAUCUGGAUGAAUGAUAAUUGGAUGUUGUUUCCGUGUGUGUUCAAGUCAAAUUGUGUUAUUAUUUAAUUAAUUUAUUAUUAUUUUCUAUGGAAAAUAAUGACUCAUUUCAGCAGUUGUUAUCGACUACUGAAAACCAUUCAGCCAUCGUCUGUCAUUCAACCUAAAGAUUUGGAAUGGUCGUGGGACCCCUUGGAGGCUACCACCGACGUAAGACUGGGAAACGGUUCAUUCCACAUCGUAUUCCAUCCGAAAUCGAGUCGAGGUACUGGAGCCGUGCGAGGUGACACUCCAUUUGUACCGGGUCAAAUAUAUUAUUGGGAAAUAGAAGUUAAUGGCUCUCAUACAGCCACCGAUAUGAUCGUUGGUGUUGGUACUAAGGAUUUUGAUUUAAAAAGUUCCGAAGACAAAUACUGCAGUUUAAUCGGUUCGGACAAUAAGUCCUGGGGUUAUUCAUACACUGGUGUCAAACAUCAUGAUGGCGAAAGUAAAGCAUAUGGCAUACGUUUCGACAAAGCAAAAACAUUGAUAGGUGUCAGGUUAGACAUGUGGAGAGGUACUUUGGAAUUUUUUCACAACCGAAAUUCACUAGGCGUAGCCUUUGGAAAACUAAAUAAACAAAAUCUCCUGUACCCUAUGGUAUGCUCGACUGCAUGUAAAACUCAGUUUACGGUGAAAUAUUGCCGUUCACUUCCUGUUAAUCUUCAACUGCUAUGUCUGCAAGUCUUAGAUGCUAGUUCCGAUUGUUUCAUGCCACCCGGCCUUUUAAAAAAAUGUAAGGAUUCCUGGUGGAUUCCAAAAAUGUAUUCUUCAUCUUGAUGUAAUAUGAAUUUGUGAUACAUUUAUUAAUACCGACCACCCUAUAUUAUUAAAAUUAAUUAUGUAUUUAUAUAUUUUUUUUCUACAAAUGUAAGUACUAUAAUUUUAUGUGUAUGUAGUUGUUAUAAUUUUAAAAUUGCCUUAAUGACAGUUAUUGUGAAUAAAUUAUGGAUUAAGAAUAAAACAAUAGGUAACGAUGCUAUCGUGAAAACAUUUUGUAUCUUUAGCCAUGUGCUUAUAGAUAAUCAAGUUUGUAAAUUAUCCAUAGUAAAAAUAAUAUAAUUAUUAUCAUGCUAUAGUUGAAUAUAGUAGAAGUAGUAAGAAGUUUUCAUGACUAAUCUUUACAAAUCUUAAUUCAAUGUUUAUUGUUCAUUUAUUACAAAUUGUAUGUCUUAACCUUUUUUAUCUACCAUAACUGAUAUUACUUCGACUUAAAUAUCUAUGUAU